UUUGAGGAUAUUAUUCGGAUUCGUCUCAUCCACAGACGCACCUCCAUAGUCUCCGUUCAAAACUCCGACGCGACACUCAUGUCUCUCACUAUAGCCGGAACCGCAGUAGCCAGGGGCGGCGUUGGCCUUACCACCACGAGCCCAUCUACUCACCUCCCAAUUCGCCGCCACUUUCUCCUUCCAUCUCUCCCUUUCACUCUCAUAACAACAACAACAACAAGAAGAUCAAGAACUUCCCACAUAGUUUUCGCCAAGAAGCUCUCGUCCCGGACUGGAAGGUUCGACAGCAAGAAUAGAAGGAGCGGCACAACAACCAAGGAAGGGCAGCAAGAACAGCGAGAAGAGGCUGAGAUUAAAGAAAUUGGCAGCACAGAGAAUGUGGGUGUGGCUGAUGGUGAUGAUGAUGAUGAUGGGUAUUUCUUGCCGGAGCUUCCCGGGGACAAGCCGGACUUCUGGGAGGGGCCUCAGUGGGAUGCUCUCGGCUUCUUUGUUCAGUAUAUGUGGGCUUUCGGCAUUGUUUUUGCGUUAAUUGCAUGUGGGAUUGCUGUUGUUACAUACAAUGAGGGGGCAACAGAUUUCAAAAAGACUCCUGUCUACCAGGAAUCAGUCCAAUCUCGAGAUCUUUUAGAAGAACCAGAGACGUCUAACUCAGAUGUUUUUGAGUCCAACCCAACUGAGGAGGCUCCUAGUUUGGAAUAGCCAGUCCAUAUAGAAGAAUGAUUACAUCUGGGAUAUGGUAAAUUCUUGCAAAGAAACCUUACAUCCUGAGGGCAUUAUACUCAAUUUAUAAGGUAAUGUUUCUGUUUAUAUGCCAGAACUUCCUUUCUCAAAUGUAAUUUUACUAUUUUGUGAGAUGUUGAUACAGAAAGAUUUCUUAGUAAGUAAUGAGUUCACAAGAAAAUUUCUGAAUGCGGAAGACAUGCAUGGCUUUGAUUGUC